CAUGUCCUGGAAGGAUUAACACCUGGUGGCUAGGCUAACACUACGACUGAGUGGAAGAGGUCAGGACAACGAAGGCCAUGCCUCUGCGUGGUCGUCUCAUUAUUGUCCCAUGAUUUCUGUGAGUAACGCGAGCAAGUGUCAACUCGGUUCUCGGCUUCCUGUACUAUGCUCUGUCCAUUCCUGCACAGGCCUGUCUGAGUUCAGUUUAACUCAGAAGGUCACUUGCAUCACACUGCGCAAUCAUCUUAGAGGGAGAGUCAGAAGAUAUUAAUGUGGUAACAUAAAACCAAGACCCAGCAAUGGCAAGAGCUUUUGUGUCCCCUCAGCUGUAACACAUUUAGUAUCGAUCAAGCUGAUAACUCUGAACCUUCAGUCACAACAUCAAGUGUUUAUCUGUUACCUAGUGUUGAGUAAACAACAAUCUCUGGCCUCAUUUCCUUUGCAUCGCAAACUCAGAGUCAAACAACAUCUUGUCAUUGUAUAUCAUUGGCUUCUAGUAGAAGUGACAGCUGUUUCCAGACUGUCCCUGCCGCCCGCCCGUCCCCCUCCUCCACCCCCAUGGCAGGGGACUUCAUGUAUGGUGUCAUGGAGGGAGACGCGAGUCUGGGAUUAGCUCAUUAAGACGGGCAUCUUUGAUCCCAGGUUAUCUCUCCCAUUUCCACGGCAACUUGAUCAUAUCCUGGCCUCUUAAGACACACAUGAGCGCAGACCCACACAAGGGCACGUAAACACACACACAUAAACGGGCCUUAAUGCCCUAGAGAGCAGAGCCCAACAGAGAUGUGAAGUGUAGAUGUGCAGCAACAGCUAAACGUCGUGUCAGGUUUCUGGGGGCUCGUGCUAAAUUUAACCCUGUGAUCCUGCAGCAGGCAGAGGGGUUUAAAUGCCAGCCUACAGUUGCUCCACACCAGUUGUUCCACACACGUCUUCCCCUCAUCACAAACCCAGGCAAGGCAGCCACACACACCUACACUCGGACACACACGCUCAAGGCGCAGGACCGAAGAAGUCAACAUACAGUUAGAGCAGUUUCCAGGGGAAGCAGGAAUCUUCGUCCCCUUUCAGACCACAGCGCUGUCCAGUAUGGAGCUUUUUGAGACCAACCCUUACUUCUUCCCCGACCAGCGCUUCUACGAGGGGGGUGACAGCUACUUCCCCUCUCGGCUGCCUGGGGCGUAUGACCAGGGCGCCUACCAGGAUAGGAACUCCAUGAUGGGCUUGUGCGGGAGUCUGUCUGGGGGUGUUGGAGUUGGGGUGGCAGGAACAGAGGAGAAAGCUUCUCCAUCCAGCCUGUCACCUCACUCCGAGCCCCACUGCCCGGGCCAGUGCCUGCCCUGGGCCUGUAAGCUGUGCAAAAGGAAGACGGUUACCAUGGACCGUCGAAGGGCAGCCACGAUGAGGGAGAAGAGGCGCCUGAAGAAGGUGAACGAGGCCUUCGAUGCUCUGAAGAGGAGCACCCUGAUGAACCCAAACCAGAGGCUGCCCAAGGUGGAGAUCUUGCGGAGUGCCAUCCAGUACAUUGAGAGGCUGCAGGCCCUGGUGUCUUCCCUCAACCAGCAGGACACUGAGACGGGACAACAGGGACUGCACUACCGACCAAGCGCGACCCAACCCAGAGUGUCGUCGUCCAGCGAGCCCAGUUCAGGCAGCACCUGCUGCAGCAGCCCCGAGUGGAGCAGCACUCCCGAGCAGUGCACGCAGAGCUACAGCAGCGAGGAUCUCCUGAGUGCUACCGACUCUCCAGAGCAGGGGAACAUGCGCGCCCUGACCUCCAUCGUGAACAGCAUCUCCGCAGCAGAUGGAGCUGUGGCCUUUCCAAUGGACAUUCCUAAGUAGAGCCUCCAAACAGCGGACCCACAGAACCACUGACGAAAAGCCACACGAAAAUUGGCGAAGCUGGCCAACAAGGCGUCCUAAAUUCUAAUAUAUUUUUUCAGCUCUACUGAUCUGAGUGUCUUAUGCUAAAAUUAAAAACAAAACAAAACAGUGAUUUAUUGGAAUUGUAACUAUGCUGAUAAAUGGGUCUACUAGUGAAACUGAAUUCCUCCUGUUCCCAACGAGGCUGUAUUCCCUUUAUUCCUGCCUUAUCCCGCGGUCCAGAUCUGUGCGUCAGAGCUACAGGAGCUUAGUCUACCUAGAGAUUCAAGGACUUUGCUGCAUGACCCCAACACCUAGUUUCUAAAGUGGAUCCCUGUCUCUGGUUUUCUCUUUACUUAAUUUAAGUUUUCCUCUUUUCGAAACCUUUCCCUGACCUUCUUUUCAUUCUUUUUGUGUGUGUUUUGUAAUGCUUAAAAAAAAAAACAUAAGUUUAUUUGUGGGGCCAAUAUGUACCAUGGCAGUUUUGACCAAGAUCUGCUUAAUUUAAACUGGUUAUGAAUGCUAGUGAUGUAAAUACGUUCCCUUUUUCUACAGAGUGGAUUUGCCAUUUUAUUUUUUAUUUUUUUGCUAACUUAUUUUUGACUUUUAUAACUAAGAUUGUUGUGUAUUUGUAGAUGUUUCCGAAAAAAAGUGAUAUUUUCCGUCCAAUUCUUGCA